AUGUCAGGCAAAGAACGAAUUGAAAUCUUUCCCUCGCGCAUGGCACAGACCAUCAUGAAAGCUCGAUUAAAAGGAGCACAGACGAGUCGAAACCUCCUGAAGAAAAAAUCUGAUGCCUUAACUCUUCGAUUUCUACAGAUCCUAAAGAAGAUAAUAGAGCCUAAAAUGUUGAUGGGUGAAGUGAUGAGAGAAGUUGCCUUUUCACUUGCUGAGGCCAAGUUCACAGCAGGGGAUUUCAGCACAGUUAUCCAAAAUGUAAAUAAAGCCCAAGUGAAGAUCCAAGCUAAGAAACAUAACAUAGCAGGUGUUACCUUGCCAGUGUUUGAACAUUAUCAUGAAGGAACUGACAGUUAUGAACUGACUGGUUUAGCCCGAGGUGGGGAGCAGUUGGCGAAAUUAAAGGGGAACUACGCCAAAGCAGUGGAGUUACUGGUGGAACUAGCUUCGCUUCAGACUUCCUUUGUUACUUUGGAUGAAGCCAUCAAGAUAACCAACAGGCGUGUCAAUGCCAUUGAACACAUCAUCAUUCCCCGGAUUGAACGUACUCUUGCUUCUAUCAUCACAGAGCUGGAUGAGAGAGAGCGAGAAGAGUUCUGUAGAUUAAAGAAAAUACAGAAGAAAAAGAUUCUCGAGGAAAAAUCUGAGAAGGACUUGGAGCAAUGGAGGACAGUUGGUGAGGUGAUGGAGCCUGCUAAUCUUCUGGCUUAA